AUGCUUUAUAAACAGCGACUUCGCGUGCCGCGGCCGAAGGCAGCGCCAGCGGCGCAGUUGCGCUUCCCUCCUGCACACUGCGACUCUUUCGCCGGCGCUGCGACCCCGGCCUUGCAAACUGCCGCCAGCCCCUGCUGCUGCUGCCGCUGCUGCUGCUGCUGCUGCUGCUGCUGCUGCUGCUGCUGCAGCGAAGAUGUUUGCAGCCUGGACGGGCUGACGCUGCGGCGCAUCUUCGAAGCCCUCAAAGACACUUGUGCAGAAGUCAACUUCGUCUGCGACGCUGAGGGCUGCUGCAUGCAAGCCAUGGACGACAGCCACGUGGCUCUCGUGAGCACUCACUGGGGAGUCGAUCUUUUCCACAAGUACCGAUGCGACGCCCAAGUCACGCUAGGCUUGUCCGUGCCCACGCUGCUGAAGGCCCUGCAGCCAGUGAAGUCUAAUAAACAAAUUGUUCAUCUUUCGACUUUGAAGGGGAGCGACGAAGACGGCGAAGUGCUGCACAUCGCCAUCGAGGAUCCCGAGCGGACGGAUUGCAAACAAAUAACAUCUUCAUACUUCUUGUUUUUGCAUUUAUUUAUGUUCGAAGUUAAUCAUUUGCAUGCAUGCACAUGCCGCUGCAUGCAACUCACGCAUGCUGCAAUAGCAUUACCAGCAGCGCAGCAGCAGCAGCAGCACACGCAACUGCGCCAGCAGCAGCAGCAGCAGCAACUGCACCAGCACCAGCAGCAGCAGCAGCAACUGCACCAUUACCAGCAGCAGCAGCAGCAACUGCACCAGCAGCAGCAGCAGCAACUGCACCAUUACCAGCAGCAGCAGCAGCAACUGCAGCAGCAGCAGCAGCAGCAGCACAUGCAACUACACCAGCAGCAGCAGCAACAGCAGCAGCAGCAGCAGCAGCAGGGCGUGUUGGUUUGUGUGGGGUGUACAGACACCUGGCACAUGGAAGUGGCGCUGCUGACAGUCGUGCAGGAAAGACUGCGGAUUCCGGAAGAGCCUUAUUCGUGUGUCUGUACAGUCGACGCGAAGGAGUUCCAGGAGCUGCUGCGGUACAUCCACUCCAUUGCGGAGAGCGGUGGGCCUCUUUAUUUAUUUAUUUAUUUAUUUAUUUAUUUUAUUUAUUUUAUUUAUUUUAUUUAUUUAUUUAUUUAUUUAUUUAUUUGUUUGUUUGUUUGUUUGUUUGUUUGUUUGCCGUUUUGCUGCUUCUUGUGCUGUUCGUGCUUUUGCUUUGAAGGCAGCGCAUGCAGCGAGGCGAGUGGCGGGCUGUUGCCGCUUUUUAUUUUGGAUUUAUUUAAUUUAAUUUAA